AUGACUCUGCCCAUUGCGAUGGCGGCACCUGUCGUGGACCGACUCCCCAUCUUGACCAUCUUCGUCGGCUCGAGUCUGCUCUACCUCCUGUACCGAUGGCUGAUGCCAAAGCCCAUUCCGGGUAUCCCAUACAGCCUGGAGGACACCAAGACCGUCAUGGGCAGCCUGCCAUCUUUUCUCAGAUACGUCAAGGAGAAUGAUGGCAGGAGCAAGCCGUGGUUCCCGGAGCAGAACGUCAAGCUGGGAUCGGCUCUGGUUCAGAUCUGGGAGAUGCCUUUCAGCCGACCGUCAUGUGUCCUGGCCGACUUCCAGGAGGCCCAGGACAUCCUGAUGCGUCGCACAAAAGACUUUGACCGCGGACACCGUGACAGCGUCGUGUUCCAGGCCACCGGUAAAUAUCAUCACAUCGCCCAGACCUCGCAGAGCCCCAUAUUCAAGGCGAACAAGGCCCUUGUCAAGGAUCUCAUGAGCCCGAGGUUUCUCGCCGAAGUAUCAGCCCCAGAAAUCCACAGCAAAGUCCAGCUCCUCCUCAAGAUGUGGUCCAAAAAGACGCAACUAGCAAAAGGCAAGCCCUUCAACGCCCGGCCGGACAUCAUCGAGGCGGCGCUGGACAUGAUCAACGCUGCCGCCUUUGCCUACGACGAGGACUCGUGCGCCGUCUCGUGCCAGAUCCGCCACCUCGACUCGCCCGACGUCAGGGUGAACGAGAAGCCCGACGGGUCGAUCGAGUUCUCUCGGGCCCCGGACACGGAGCAGGCCGUCGUGGUCCACGAGCUGGGCGAAUACCUCGGCACGCAGUUCGUCUCGCCCGCCCCCAGGCUGGCCCACGCCUUUAACUACCUCACCAAGCCCCGCCUGCGCCGCAACCUGGCAAAGAGGGACCAGAUGGUCUUUGACGAAGUCCGCAAGGCCCUCAAGCGCAUCGAGAGUGGCGAGUCCACCACCGCAUCCGCCCUCGAGCACCUCCUCAGGCGAGAGAUGGAGUCUGCCAGGAAGGCCGGCAGGGAGCCAAACUUCUUCAGCCCUACCAUCCGUGACGAGGCCUGGGGUUAUAUCGUUGCAGGACAUGAGACUACCGCGACUGCCGUUGCAUGGCAGGUCAAGUUCCUCGCCGACUAUCCCGAAGUUCAAACCAAGCUCCGCGCCGUCCUCCGCGCCGCCUACCCAGACGCCGCCGCCUCCAACCGCCUCCCCACUGCUCGCGAAAUCACAUCGACGUCGAUUCCGUACCUGGACGCCUUCCUCGAGGAGACCCUGCGUGUGCGCAGCCCGAUCCUCAUGACGGUGCGCGAAGCCAAGCGAGACGCCUACGUGCUCGGACACCUGGUGCCCAAGGGGACUUGUGUGUUCCUGCCAACCAUGGGGCCGACGUUCCACGCGCCGGGGCUGCCCGUCGACGAGUCGGUGCGGUCCGAGACCUCGAGGACAAAGUCGUGGGGCCGCAGCUGGGACCCCGAGGACAUAGGGUCGUUCCGGGUCGAGAGGUGGCUGAGCCGCCGGAACCCCGAGAAUGGCGAGGUCGAGUACGACGUGCAGUCGGGCCCCAUUCUGGCGUUUGGCCUGGGCCCCAGGAGCUGCUUCGGCAAGAAGCUGGCGUACCUCGAGAUGCGCAUCGUCAUCGCCCUGAUGGUUUGGCGUUUCGAGUUCCAGAAGCUGCCUGGGCAUCUGAGCUCAUAUGCCGCCCACGAUGCCAUCACGACUGGGCCUACUUGCUGCUACGUCGGUCUGAAGGAGCUGUCCUAAAGAUCGCGAGUUUUUGUCAGGGGUCCUUUUAUUUUCCGCCAUAUUUAUUUCACAGACUCUCCACUCUGUUAGCCUUUUCUCUUUCGGUUGAAGCAUAGCGCGUUCGUCACUGUGGAACGGG